AUGUUGAGAUGCAGCCCGGGGGAAGGAGGCUAUGUAGUUUCUGAAGGGUCACUGACAAAGCUUUCUACAAGAUUCAAGUGCCCUGUAUGUUCAAAAUUUGUAUCUUCUGAUGAAAUGGAUUUACAUCUUGUGAUGUGUUUGACAAAACCGAGGAUAACCUACAAUGAGGAUGUGCUGAGUAAAGAUGCUGGGGAGUGUGCAAUAUGCCUGGAAGAGCUGCAGCAAGGAGAUACUAUAGCACGGCUGCCUUGCCUCUGCAUAUAUCAUAAAGGCUGCAUAGAUGAAUGGUUUGAAGUAAAUAGAUCUUGCCCUGAACAUCCAUCAGAUUAAGACAAGAUUCAUGGUUUUAGCUGCUUCCACUGAUGAGAAAAUCUAGGAGAUGUGAGGUUCCCUUGCUGAACACAGUGUGCCUGGCUUGGGACUUGCAGUUCUUUGUGGCUGAAAAAGACAAAGAUGGACAGUGACAUGAAAAAAGCAUCGCAGAUGCACCCGGUUACUUGCCAGUUGUGCUCAGUAUACCAAACACUCAUGCAAAGGACACACAGGGAUUUUGAAAAUGCUGCACAUUCUGUAACAAUCUACUCCCCACAGACAUUACUGACUAUUUUAUAUUGAAGGCCAAAGUUCCUAAUUUCAGCCUAACUUCUGGUUCUGUGAAGGAAGCGGGUUGUUGGAUGUGUCUCCUACUCUGCCUCAAGUGGAAGCGGAGACAUUGGUCCGUGCUUUCUGAGAUCCUUGCAGGAGGAUGGCCCUGGUUUUGAGCGGGAACGUUUUCGCCUUCUUGUUGGCUGAAGAAGAGUAAAUGGCAAACUAAAUAUAAUCUUAACAGUGUGACCUUAAUUUACUGAAUUCACACCCUGUUUUAUGUUCUACACUUUUUCCAAGAACAGAAAACAUAAACUUCUCUGCAUAGGAAUACUGUAUUUCAACAUUUUGUAACUAAACCUUUGUCACAAUGCAGUCCAAAGAGUAAAACCAAGACAGGUAACUAA